UACAUAUUAUCUAUGUAGAAGUUAUAGGCUAGACUAAGGUAUGCUUCUAGUGAGUACAACCAACUAGUAUUUGUUCUAGGUUUCCACCUCUAAGUCUAGGGCCAGUACAUGCUUGCGUCAGCCUCACUCGGCGUCAUGCCGUCGACGUGUUACGUCAACGCGACAGCCUGCGAAUAUCGCGAGGGAUCGCUCGCCGUCGCUCGCACGCGUGGCGAAGACAGGAGGAGAACAUCCACCGGCAUCCCCUUAAUUAUUAGCCAGUUGUCAGCUGCCAAGCGUCCCCGAUCAACUCCCGAUUGACCCCCGUCUCAUGAACGAACGAAGCAUAGGAUCUUCGCGAAAUCCCUUCGUUCCACCUUCGAAGAUCAUCUCGCGCCGCCCAAAUUGCAUAUGCUCGGCGACCACGAUCGUCAGCUCGUGGAGAUAUUUCAGGGUCGGUCUGCGUUAGUUGCUGCUACCACCCGAAGUACGGUCUGUUGAUCGCAGCUCUCCUCUCCACCCUGGCCGGUUAUCACGACGUUAGGAGGCAGUGACAAAGUUGCAAUACCGUACGAAGCUGCCUAGACCGGCGCAAAGCGCAACGCGCAACGCGGCGCAAAGCGCAGCAGAAGCAGCAGGAACUGGCAGUAGAAUCCUGGUCCUCCGCGAUCGGCCCUUGAAGAUAUUUCUGGGCCCGUUCAUUGCAUCACGCCCUUACUAAGCAUUUUUUGUCGCUCCUUACUCAGCGAUUUGGAGUCGCUCUCUCUCCUCGUUCCCUCUCCUCGCCCUCUCUCCUCUCUCGUUCUCUCGUCUUCCUUAUCGGGAAUAGGAUCUAUAUGUUCUCACAGCAUUACUUCCAGGAAUAGAGUCGCACCCAUAGUAACUGGACUUCUCAUUCUCACUGGACUUUUGAGUGCUGCUUGAGAUUCGAACACGCGACCAUGACGAUCUCAGCGUACCCCAACACCACAUCUACAACUGACCAGCACUGCAUGAAUAGCAUCACCACCACUACCACCACCCCUACCACCACCCCUACCACCACCCCUGCCGGGCUCCUAGACCUACCCCUCGACACCAUCUGCACCAUUCUCCACCGCUUGAAACCCCGGGAUCUCGUCGCCGCCUCGCUGACGUGUCGCACCCUGAACGGACUCAUCGACCAGCCGAACACGUGGCUGAACCUCUGCCGGAAGUGGAGGGCCAGCUGGCGCUCAGCGAGUGGCUCGUGCAGGCGAACUCGGCGAAAUGCCUCUUUCGCCUGUUACACUGUUUGAGCCCGCUCGUGGGGUGUGGGCGGCGGAGGAUCUAGCGCCCCGCGGCGGGCUGCUAUAUGUGACCUGGGAGCGCAUGGCUGUCGUCGCUUAUCGAAUCAUCCCCGAUUGGCUAGACGGCAAUCUCAUUUCCGCGCGCCUCUUCACGAUCUCCGCGUUUCCCGACGGCACGACGCAGCUCAGCCUGGUCACGGGGCGCGGGGUGGACGACGAGUACCCGCUCGAGCUCCCCGGGGUGCUCGUCUGGGAGUCCCCCGCGCGAGCCAAGUUCCACCUGCAGACGCUUCUUCCGCCCUCCGCCCGCUCCCCCGCGAGCAUCGCCGCCGCGCCUUUCGCGAGAGUUCCGCCUUCGUCGGUCCCCGGAGACCUGUCGUCGUCGUCGUCGCGCGUGUCGCCUGCGACGUCGCUGAAGAGCGUCGUCGCCGGGCCGUCGUCGUCGUCGCUGUCGUCGUUGUCGUCGCUGGGGGCUGCGGCGAGGCUAAAGGCGACGUUUCAGCGGGCUGGCCUGGGCCGGUUUGCCGCUACAGCCGUACCCGCCUCAGCCAUUCCCCCCACCGCUACAGCCGUCCCCCACUCCGCCAUUCCCCGGGGACCUGCCGUUACUCCCCCCCCUGUCCGCGCAGCCGUGCCUACUUUGCCCCCGCGCCCUCCCUCGAGCAGAUCUGCGGGCAGCAACGACGACGGGACCUUGCUUUCGAGGUCCGGACCAAGUAUCGGCGAUGCUGCCCUCCAUAGAGCGGGAUUCGUUUGUAGCACGGGAAAGGAGGGAUCAAGCUCGAAGCGGCUUCAGCUUCGCGCUCUGCGAUACCUGACCGGAUUGAAACGAGAUUCCGGGAGCGCUUCGAAGGAAGCGGCGGCUCCAUCCAAGCGUCCUCGAUCCGGGUGUGACAGUACCGAGGCCUCGCCUGAUGAAGCCAGGAGAUUACGGUCGCGGGUGGAACCUCCAAGAGACACACCGAUUACUGGCAGUCGUGACGUGGCGCUUAGUCAUGGAGCUAUGAGGUGCUCUAGGCCCGCGCACGCCAUUCCGACGAGGGCUCCGCCUUCCGCCCCGCGAGUGGAUUUUUCAGCUUCCGCCGGUUCUUCCGCGGGAGCUUCUGCUGCGGUUUCCGUUCCUUCCGCUAGCAGCGCGGAGUGGUCGCUGAAGCGCAGAUCUAUCGGCCGCGCUUCAGUACGCGGACGAGUCACACAGCCGUGGCGCACGCCUGGGGCUGGCGGAGGGGAAGUGGGGAUUGGCGGAAGUUCCAGCGGAAAGGGUGUUAUGCGCGGUUGGGGGGAAAUGUGUUCGGGCAGCAGAAAGGGAGCCAGCAGCCGUCAGAAACGACAGACGGGCAGACGAGAAGAGUGCCUGUGCCGAAAUCUACUUAUCACAGAGUUCCUGUUGCGGGAGAGGCUGUAACGGGGGAGUCUUCGCCAGGAGGAAAUUCCUCGGGAAUGGAUUUGUCCAGAUCUCGUUUGCCCAGCUGGGUCCGGGAUUUGGAGGGCCUCUGGACGGGCGUGUUCGGGCAUCAUGGGGUGGAAAUUCUGAACGUGGCAGUACGGGGCGGGGAAAUUAUUGCAACGAAAAUUGUUGGAGAUCCCAAUAUUCCAGGGGGGCAUGUCUCCUUCAAGGCUCGAAUUGACUCUGUUCAAACUGCUGCGGAUGAGAGUGAGCGGUGGAGUGAAGUGGUGGGGCAAGCAAGGAGUCUGAUCCAGGGGCAAGGUCAAGCGGCAGAUGGUGCUCUGGGACAACACCAGCCCCGGUACACGAACUUAUUGGAAGGGGAGGGGAGAAUAGCAGACUACAAUUUUAAGAACCCUCAGUGGGUGAAUGGUGCCCUGCUGGUUGAUUCAGCUGGACGCAUGUCUUUUCUGUGGGAGGAAAUGAACUUCCUCGUGCAGAUGAAAAGGCUACAUGUUGAGGAGCUUCUCUUCAACUCCUGAAGCCCUGAGUCAGUUGCAAUAUCCUGAGUACCACGAGUGCUCAGUACACAUUUUUCCAUCUCCAUUGCGUGGAGGUGUUUGGUUGUACCAUUUUUUUAAAAGCACGGUUCUCACUUCAUUUAAACGGUCAAAGAA